AUGCAAUUGAGUCUCACCGAUUCGUCAUGUUGUGGUCCCACUGGAACAAGUCAUUGGACGAUUCCAAAAUUGCUUCUAUCAAGUGCAUAUCCAGGUGCAAAAGAUCUUGAUGAGCAUCGACGUAUAACACGCACUAUUUAUGAUAGUGGAAUUGAAGUAUUUGUUAAUCUAAUGCAACCGAAAGAGCUCAUUCGUUUUACUCCAUACGAACCAGAAAUUCGACAAUAUGCUAUUCAAGAUGAUCAAAAAGUUGAAUUUGUUUCAUUUCCAAUUCCUGAUCAAUAUGUCUGUCGAGAUGAUCAAAAAGUAUUCGAGUUUUGUUCGCAUCUAUGCAAAAGACUUAAAGAAGAUCAUCAAAAGAUUCUUAUACAUUGCUGGGGUGGACAUGGAAGAACUGGUACCAUUAUGUCCAUUCUUAUUGGUAUGCUAUUUGAAUUGGAAGCGGAUGAUGCUUUGGAUUAUAAUUAUCAACUACAUAAACAACGUUCAAGAACGAAAGGACGCAAAAGCUCGCUGGCACUUUGUCAACGCGAACAAGUGAAAAACGUAUUAAAAAUGUACGAAGAUCAGCAACACUGUCCUACUGUUUCAUCAGUUGAAAAUCAAACAUUCGACUAA